UCUGUUUUUACCUCCGCUGACCCCAGGACAGAAAGAAACGCUCUGCAAAGAUGCCGAACAUCACAAAGUCGUUUUUUAAGGACAUCGACCUCCACUGUCCCUCCAACAACUUUGACCACCGCACAAAAGAGAUCUCCAAGGACCGGCUGACCGUGAGGCGAGGUCAGGCUUUUAAGAUCACCGUCACACUGACGGAGCCUUUCCUGAACAGUUCUGCGAGCCCGCUCUUCAUCAAGGCAAUCACAGGGAUGUAUGCCAGUCAGGAGCAGGGGACGAUGUCCUACAUGUCUAUCCCAGACGGCGUGGAGCUUUCACCAAAGGCAAAGGCAGUUUGGUCAGUAGAGGUCUACCCAACAUCAUCCCCACUCAUGGGCGAGCUGAUCUUGAGCUUCAUCCCCCCGGCUAACGCCCCUGUAGGAGAGUACGUCAUCAUGGCAGAAUAUAAAAAGGAGGAGAAGUUGCUGGGAAUGCCGAUGGUGCUCUUCAACCCCUGGUGCCCUGAGGACGCUGUGUACAUGGAAGAUGAGAAGCUCAGACAGGAAUAUGUGAUGAAUGAAAAUGGAAAAAUAUGGAGAGGAAGCGCUCUCUACAAUAGGCCUAUGGACUGGGACUUUGGACAGUUUGAAGACAACAUGGUGACCAUUGGUCAACAACUGCUGGACCUCAAUCGCAAGCACAAGGAAGAUCCUGCUCUGGAUGUUUCUCUUCGGUGGGACCCAGCCUACGUCGGCCGUGUGAUCAGUGCCAUGAUCAACAGCGAGGGUGACAAAGGUGUGCUGGAGGGAAAUUGGUCAGGUGAAUUUUCAGGUGGACGCAGUCCCGGUCACUGGUCCGGCAGUUCUGCCAUCCUUACCCAGUGGCUUGACAGCAACAACCGUCCCGUCAAAUACGGGCAGUGCUGGGUGUUUGCUGGAGUGAUGUGUUCAGUGAUGCGGUUCUUUGGAAUCCCCUGCCGUGUGGUCACCAACUUCGCCUCAGCUCACGACAACAAUGCCAAUCUGACCAUCGACACGGUCUACGAUGAGGAAGGAAACGUGCUGGAUCAAUCUGACAGUGUUUGCAUUAGCAUAAUGCUUAGAAAGGAGAGGGUUAAAAAGGAGAAAGACAGAGAGCUACAGCAGGCAGCCCAGGGAAGCAGCUCUCUGCUCUCCACCAGCAGCAAGGAGAAAGAGGAAGAUGAAGAUUACAGGAACUUCCACGUGUGGACAGAAGGGUGGAUGAAGCGGCAUGACCAGGAACAGUACGGCGGCUGGCAGGUUUUGGAUCCAACACCUCAGGAGCUGAGUGAUGGUGUUUACUGCUGCGGUCCAUCCCCAAAGCUGGCCAUCCUGAGUGGACACACAGAGGUAGAAUUCGACACCCCGUUCGUCUAUGCUGAAGUCAACUCUGACUGCGUCGACUGGCUGCUCAGAGAGGAUGGUACACUCGAGAAGAUGGAGACUGACACCAAGAGAGUUGGUCAGUUUAUCUCCACAAAAGCUGUGGGCAGUGAUGAAAGAGAGGACCUGACCCUCACCUACAAACCCCAAGAAGGAACAUUUAGAGAGAGAUUAAGCUUUGUAAGAGCCGUCAUCAGACACUACGAAAACCUUAAAAAGAUCAGAAAGGAGGAGGAGGAGAGGAGGAGGAGGGAGGAGGCGGAGAGGAGGACAACAGACCCUGUGGCAAUGGCAGGGGGGACGGGGGUACCAAUGAGACCAUCAGCAAACACCCCACCUGACGGAGCGGUAGUAGGAUCAGCUGGGGGAACUCCUGAAGUCGCCCCCACACCACCACCACCCAAAGUGAACAUCUCAUUUGAAGAGGUGUCAAAGCCAAUAAACGGUAAGGAUGUCUGCCUGAAUCUGAAGCUUAACAGUAAAAGUACCAAGGAAAGACCGCUGAUCAUCAAAUACAACAUUCAAGCUAUGAAUUACAACGGACGUCCAACCAAGGUCAUCCUCAAAAACAAGAAGGAGGAGACACUGCUGCCUGGGAAAGAUCUGACCAUCCCAAUCGUGGUCAAGUUCUCAGACUAUUGUAAACCCAUGUUGGGGAGUGACGGCAUGAAGGUUUCUGUCAUCGUCAAGGACCAAAAGAACCCAGAUCACCCCUACCACGCUGACGAUGACGUGAUCCUGGAAGACCCCCCAAUCUCUGUCACGAUGCCCAGUGAACUCAAAGUGGGAGAAAGUUCAGAGGCAGAGGUGGUUUUCAUGAACCCUGUGAAUGAGACACUGAAGAACUGCACACUUACCAUUUGUGGAACUGGUCUCUGGAGGACAGAGAGCGAAUUCAAACUUACUGACUUGAAACCAAGCUCACGGAUACGUAUCAAGAUCCCUAUCACUCCCUACAAGGCCGGAGAUAGGAAACUGGCGGUCGACUUUGACUGCUCCGUCUUCAGAGACAUCAAAGGGAGCUGCACCGUCAAGGUUACUGAGUAAACUCUCAGGUUGACUCAGGAAUUACUCUAUGAGUUAGAUUCAUCAGAGCCUGUGUCUAUAGCUGUUUUGUGCUGGCAGCUUCCACAACCUCUGUCACAGCAGUUUCUUUUGCAUUUGCGUUUGUUGACUUCUGCUUUCCUACAUAUUACGGGUAAGGUCUAUUUCAAAUGGUGCUUAUUUUUUUUUCCUUAUUCAAGGAAAUAUAAAAAAAACUUGAAAACAAUGUAAAGGAAUUCUGUCUUGCCAACUGUAGACUUCAAAACUUUCCCCAGGAUAUGACAUUACCCUUUUAAAUAUAUGCCUACAAUAAAGAUAAAUGUAGAAAAAAAGGUACUUACAUGGUUGGAACUUGAAAAGCUAUAAUUAACAGGGACUAAAAUGAACUGCAAUGGAUUGUGGGAUACGUAGUUCUUUUCCUCUUUGUAAAGGAAGAUGCUUUUUCUCUGUUUUCAAAGGUAGUUUUUGCUCCAGAUCAAAAGUUUUGUAGUCAUGAGGACUCAGGCAGCUAGAUAAGUUGGACCAUGCAUUAAAAGUGUUGUAAUAAGGAUUUUAGAAAAUGUCUAUGGGGGUUUUGAAUGGCAGUUUUACUGGUGAAAAAGUGGACGGGCACUGUUGAGCGCUUCUGCAGUGUUUGCAUAAAAAGUAAUAGAAAGGAAAUGAACACCGAGUAUAGAUGCAAAGCUUUGUCCAUAUCUGUAUACGUUUAAAACAUGAAGCAUAUAUGAUUCUUAAGGCUGAGGCCGGCCACCAUGCUAUGAAAUAAUAACGUAAAAUUAUGUAAUAUUACGACACAUGAAGCAAAUACUCGGAACU